AUGGCGGCGGCGACGCCCUUGUAUCGCGCCCUCGUGCGGCGCAAGAUCCAGUUCUUUCGCUGGCAGCGCUCCCGCAACAACCCGACAAACCAGCAGCAGCAGAAGCGAUCGCAGUCCUCCCACAACCAUAACAGCAACAGCAACAGCAGCAGCAGCAGCAACAGCAACAAGCCCGGCCAUGCCCGCGAGGAGGACCCCGUGCCCGUGCCCAGCACCGUCGCCGCGCUCCCGCUGUGGCAGAGGCUGGGCCCGCUGACCCGCGCCGCGCAGGCCUACGCCCGGUCGCAGCGCAAGCGGCCCUACGUGACCCAGGUCUGCACCUCGCUCGUCAUCUACCUGUGCGCCGACAUCUCGGCCCAGCGCAUGAACGGCAAGGGCUACGACCCCCACCGGACCGUCCGCUCUCUGAUCAUCGGCGGCCUGUCCUCCAUCCCGAGCUAUAAAUGGUUCGUGUACCUGUCGCACAACUUCAACUACUCGUCGCGCAUCCUGUCGCUCCUUGUCAAGAUCGGCAUCAACCAGGCCUGCUUCACGCCCCUCUUCAACACCUACUUCUUCGCCAUGCAGGCCCUGCUGGUCGGCGACACCCUGCCCGAGGUCUGGGACCGCGUCCGCCGCACCGUGCCCGUGAGCGUCGUCAACUCGCUCAAGCUGUGGCCCGCCGUCACCGCCUUCAGCUUCACCUUCAUCCCGCUCGAAUACCGCAGCGUCUUUGCCGGCACCAUCGCCGUCGGCUGGCAGACGUACCUGGCAUACCUCAACCGGCAGGCCGAGGAGGAAGAGGCCAGGGAGAAGAUGGCGCACCUGUCCUCUCAUGCUCAGGCUCAGGCUCAGGCUCAUGCUCAGGAUCAGGCUCAUCAGGCUCUCCCCGAGACCAUAUCCGACAAGAUACCCAAGAAGGCCACCGCCUGA